AUGUCGGCAUCUCUGACUUUCGGUUCUUCCUUGUGGAUUCCGCAGGUCGUUAACUGCGAUGAAGGCAAACUCUUUGAUCUCAUAUUCGAGUAUCAGGGCACAUUCUUCGACAACUUCGUCAAGAAUGACAUGAAAUAUAUGGAGGUGAUGGAAGCAGAGUGGGAGGAUGACAGCACGACUGGAAGGCCAACGCGGAUGUGUACAUAUACGAAACCUUUGAAAAAAAAUUCGGUGGGACCGACUGAAGCACCAGUGGAAGAGAAGCAAGUGAUAUUGAAAGGAGAAAGGGGGAAGAAACAUGUUGUAUUGUCUGAGGCAAGGACGCCGACGUUGCCGUACGGAGACUAUUUUUAUUCACAGUGCAAGUUCUGCAUAACGGCGGAGGGAGGCCAAAAAAGCCGGUUACGUAUCACUGCAGAAGUUAUCUGGGAAAAAUCUACGUUUCUGAAAGGAUAUAUCACGCGCAGCACAUACGAGGGCAUCGAUACUCAGCUAACUGCAUUGCAGCAUGCUAUUCAAAAGGAAGUAGGUGGCGAGGCUUCUGCGCCGACGAAAGCGAAAGACACUGCCGCACCCGAAGUCGAGGAGCAGAAGAAAGCUUCCAGAGGCCCUCUACCAAUCAUAGUGUACGAGUGGGUGGCGCAGCAUUUCUCUCUCAUGGUCCUAGCUAUCAUGCUGCUGUCCUUUUGGUUUAUGAUAACCAAUCUAUUUCUUCUGCACCGGGCGUCGUCGCUGCACUCAGCAUUAGAAAUAUGGCAAACUUCGCUAGAUCCCGCUGGCAUUAUAGAAGUGUUGGUACAAAGAUAUCGACCCAAUACAACUGAAGAAUGGGUCGAUCUCCUGAAGCUCCAACGCGACCUGUACGCUUCACAACACGAGCGAGUUGUAACCCACUUAUCGAAGCUGGACGAUUCGGUGACUGGUAUGCAAGAAACGCUGCGGAUGAUUGCCAAUAGUGGUUUCGAUGUAGUCAACACCGCAAUAUCGAGCGGGCCUGGGGCGACGCUUGAUGGAGCAGCGUUGCUCCAUUCUGACGAAUUGUAGUUUCGAAUAAAUAUUUAAAAAAGUACUCAAGACAGACAGGUGUGGUGAGUGCAGAGUCGUGUUUGGGGUGUAAAAUAAAUUAGUAUCAUUUCCAC